CACCAUGAGAGUGUUUUCCCAGCGCUCUGCUGUGACAGACAUGUUUUCUUUCAUGCUCCGGAAGACAUUUUGGCCCCUCUUCCCCAGGGUUUCGGGAUGUUUGGUCCGAGAUUGCCAAACCACUGUGGAGUCAUGCAGACGAGGCCUCAGCAGCUCAAGCGGCUGGACGGGACAGGAGAGCCUGGCCCAGGAUGACCCAGAGAUGUGGAGCCUCCUGCAGCAGGAGAAGGACCGGCAGUGUCGCGGCCUGGAGCUCAUCGCAUCAGAGAACUUUUGCAGCCGUGCAGCGCUCGAGGCCCAGGGUUCAUGUCUGAACAACAAAUACUCGGAGGGCUACCCAGGACAAAGGUACUAUGGAGGUGCAGAGGUAGUGGAUCAGAUCGAGCUGCUGUGUCAGAAACGAGCACUCAACGCCUUCGGUCUGGACCCCAGUGUGUGGGGCGUCAACGUCCAGCCAUACUCCGGCUCCCCCGCUAACUUUGCAGCCUACACGUCUGUACUUCAGCCUCAUGACCGCAUCAUGGGCCUGGAUCUGCCUGACGGAGGACACCUUACCCAUGGCUACAUGACAGAUGCUAAGAGGAUCUCUGCCACCUCCAUCUACUUUGAGUCGAUGCCUUACAAGCUGGACACCAAAACAGGUCUCAUAGAUUAUGAGCAGCUGGAGACGACAGCCCGGCUCUUCAGGCCCAGACUUAUCAUCGCAGGAACCAGCGCCUACGCUCGCCUCAUCGACUACGCUCGCAUGAAGAAGCUGUGUGUGGAGCUCAAAGCCUACCUGCUGGCGGAUAUGGCUCAUAUCAGCGGCCUGGUGGCAGCAGGGGCUGUUCCAUCUCCUUUCCACCAUGCUGACCUGGUCACAACCACUACCCAUAAGUCCCUGCGCGGAGCCAGGGCCGGUCUGAUCUUCUACCGCAAAGGCGUGCGCUCUGUGGAUAACAAAGGUCGGGAGGUGACCUACGACCUCCAGGACAGGGUGAACUUUGCCGUGUUCCCUUCGCUUCAGGGAGGGCCUCACAACCACGCCAUUGCCGGGGUGGCUGUCGCCCUAAAACAGGCGUCCACUCCCAUGUUCAAACAGUACAUCAGUCAAGUGCUGCUGAACUCCAAGGCCAUGGCUGACGCUCUGCUGAAGAGAGGCUACACCCUGGUGUCAGGUGGAACCGACAACCAUCUGGUCUUAGUUGACCUACGACCUCGCGGCAUGGACGGAGCUCGGGCCGAGAGGGUCCUGGAGCUGGUGUCCAUCACCGCCAACAAGAACACCUGCCCAGGAGACAAGAGCGCCCUCACUCCAGGAGGACUCAGGCUCGGAACUCCGGCUCUGACGUCCCGACAGUUCAACGAGACAGACUUCAAGAAGGUUGUGGAAUUUAUGGAUGAAGGGAUUCAGAUCGCACUGGAUGUGAAGACGAAGACUGGAAACCUGGCCAGCUUCAGGUCCUUCCUGCUGCAGGACCCAAAGACAGUGUCCCGCAUCUCAGAGCUCCGCCAGCGGGUGGAGCUAUUCUCAAGACCCUUCCCCAUGCCAGGAUUCACUGACCACUGACAACACCCCCUCACGACCCCGUGGACAUACACAUUUGUUAUUUUUAAUGAUUGAAAAUAAUUAUAAUUCUGAUGGUUAUUAAUAAUUAAAUAACUUAGUAUAGGUUGUAUUAUAUUUUUGUAUUACAUAAACAAGAAUUUAUUUGUCCAACCAUAACUCAUUCUUUGGGCACCUAUAAACAGAGGCUUUUUAAAAACGCUAGUGAUUAUUUAGUAAAGCAAUUAUAACACGUUAUAAUUAAUUUAUCAAAUACUCAUAUAUUGCUGAUUAAUGCUAAAUGAGGAAACUCAUGGUUAAGUGUUACCUAUGUGUUUUAUGCUCCUUAAGAAACGAUACCAUAAUAACGAAAGGAUGUUACAGGAGGUUAUCACAUUGCCAGGUUUAGUUGUAUUAGCAUCUCAUUUGGCAGAAAUAUAUACUAAUUAGACUUUGAAUACUUAUUACAGUGCUGGGCAAAAAAGUUGGACUACUUUGAAAAGUAAUGUUUGAAACUAGUAAGUGUGGGAAACUGUUUGUUUAUUUGAUGACAUGAUUGAUAAUGCUACUCAUUUACAUGAAGUUGGAAUUCAUUUGAUAAAAUAUUGUACUCUGCUGUACAUUAUCUGGCAGUUUAUAUUUUGACAUGUUUCCUCUUGAGAGACAGGACAGCUAAUAGACGAUGGUAAUUCUACUUGUGUAUUUGGCUUUUUGUCACCAAACUCUUUCAAGAGCCCUUGUCGAUGUCAGGCUUUGUCCCGGGGCCUGGGAAACUCACAGCAGCUGCGUUGGGAAUUGAAACACACUCACAGUUUACACCGGUUUGCACCCACAACACAACAAACCAGACCAAUUAUACAAACUUCAUUUUGGGGGGGUAAAACAUACUAAUGUCACAUACUUUACCUACAUUUUAGGUUUGUUAUUGUUAAGGAUUUGUAAAGACAACAGUAGAGGCUGGGGAUUGAAAUAAAAAGUCUGAGUACAACUUGGUUGACUUUUGGAAUAAAUCUCUCUGUCCCUUG